AUGCCCCAGAAGAAGCAGCCACGCACUCUGGAGCCCGGGGAUGACGAUUUUACCAUGAAGAUGCGUGAUCGCUUGAAAGCCUUGAAGCUCAAAGAGGAAGACCAGCCCGACGACUUGGUGACGGUCUCCACGGAGAAUGCCAAGAACCUGGCUCUCUCGGCCAUGUGGUACAUCGACCAAGAAGCUGACCGAGUGAAAGAGGAGAAGAAGAACCCUGACAUCCACGUCCUACGACGGCGCUACGAGGGAGCCAUGGAGAAGCUGAUCAUCCCGGAGGAGAAGGAUCGGCGAGAUCGCCCAGGUGGCGUUUCUGCGCCCAAGAGCGGGACGUUGGAAGUUCCUGGGGCGCUGGAUGUGGACGCACUGUUUGAGCGCGCCCAACAAACCAGUGGCUCCAAGACGAGCAAAAAGCAGGCCCUACAGGCUGAAGUAGAGGAUGAAACCGAAGAUGAAGGCAUCGCGGAGUACCUGAUCUCCAUGCAAAAGGUCGGCCGCCGAAAGGCCAAGGAGGGAAGGCCUCGCCGCGAGCGAAGAAGUCCCGAGGAACGACGCCAGGACUACGAAGAUACCAAGAUUCGCAUGUUCGCCUUCACCGCAGCGUUCGGUGGCUUGGGCACCGGCUUCUCCAUGGUCAUACCUCAUCAGAUAUGGAGUGAAUGUGGCCUUUAG